UAAAGCCCUACACGUCACCUUCCCUCCCCUCCCCUUAGCAACAGAGGCAACAUGGCGGCGUCCAGUAACGCGGAGCAUUCUCCAGAGAUAUCGACGCCGUUAAAGAUACCGAAAACCGAGGUGCCAUCUCCUGAGUCGGAGGAUUUGAGUGACAGUAAUCAAUACCACUCCAGUCCGUCGACACCGAACCGGUUCUCACCUUUGAACGUGGGCUCAGGGACAGCGGGCCGCACGACGGCCUCAUCCUCCAACAGCUUCACGGCUUGCCGAGGGAUGUCGUGGACCCCGUCCGAGACAAACGCCCUUAUCGCGGUCUGGGGCAACGAGAGGCUGACAGAGGCGAGGAUGCAGCAGCUGGAGGUCGCAGGCACCGUCUUCACCGGUAAGGCCCCCGGUCCUGCAAUGUACGAACGGGUGUCCAGAGCUUUGUCGGAGCUGGGCUACGAGAGGACCCCGUCCCAGUGCAGGGAGAGGAUGAAGACACUGCGCCGCUGCUACAGCCGUGUGAAGGAGCAUGGCAUCGGCAAAAGGAAGAGCAGUUACACUAUAGAGCAGCUGGAGAAGGUGUUCGGUCAGGGAGGCUGGGACUCCCAGAGCUGUGCCCCAGUGCUGAUCAACAGCAGUGGGCUGUAUCAGGAGAUGGAGUCCGAUGGCAGCACCCUGGAAGACUUCUCCCAGGAGGACUGGUGUAACCAGGUGCUGGACUCAGCUUUCCAGGAGGGAGACAUGGAGACUGAAGAAAUCCAGGUGCCUAAAAACAGAGUGCUACAGAUUCAAGCAGAACUGUCAGAACAAACCCAAAAAAAGGACAUGCUGCAGACAGUGGUGCGUAUCCUUGAGUCAGUGCAGCUGAAAUGGGAGCACUUCCAGACAUGGACUGAGUUCUCCCGGCUGCACCUCUCCAACAAACUGGCCAUCUUUGGCGUGGGCUACAACACGCGCUGGUGUGAGGACGUGCGUUAUCACUACGCUGAGAUCAGCUCGCAGGUGCCACUGGGUAAGAGACUUCGUGAGUACUUCAACCCAGAGAAGCCUGAGGGCCGCAUCAUCAUGACCAAAGUUCAAAAGAUGAACUGGAAGAAUGUCUACUACAAGUUCCUGGACAUUACCAUCAGCGAGGCACGCUGCCUGGAGCUGCACAUGGAGGUGGACUGGAUCCCUGUAUCUCAGUCCAGGGCAGCAGGCUGCAGCAAAGGAACAUCCCACUACCUCCUUCCUGGGGACAUCCCCAAGGCGUAUGGACUCUACGCUGUUGGCUACAAGGCCGUAUCAUCUUCCAGCAAGACCGCUCAGACCUCUCACAAGGUUGGUAGUGAUGACAGUAGCUUACCUCAGUGCAAGUCAGAAAAUGGGGCUCAAAGUCAGGCUGAUGCAGAAGGAGCAGCACAGGGUGACAGGACUGGGGCUAAAGUCACUUACUGUUACCUAGGCAUAGCUGAGGACAGGACCAUACAGCAGUGCGUCUUCCAGCACUUUCAGGGUUCUGGCAAACACCAUGUCCACGGUGAACCCUUCGCCGUGACUCAUUUCCUGCAGGAGAACUGUGGCCGUAGCAUCACAAGUCAGGAUGGCGAGGGAGGUGAAGACUCAUCUCAGCAUUUUGCCAUUUACAUCAAAUUCAUUGAGGUGGAGCUGGACUUCCUCUCAGCAGGCUCCCUGGUGGAGUGCCUCGAAACCGCUGUGGGUUAUUCCUUGAAAUACAACCACAAAGAAACAUUGUAACUGCACUCAGUGUUUCUGAUGAGUAUUGAAUAGGUGUUACAGCCAGCAAGGCAACUUGGAAAGUGUCCAAUUCUGUUACAAAGCAUGGAUGUGUGCAGGUGUCUGACAUAUUUUGGCUUCAUUUUCAUCUCUUUUGAAAAAUUUUUCAUUAGGUACUUAUUAAGUUGAUAACCAGGGAUGAUGCACAAUAUGGCAAAUAUACGUAGUGUGUAGAAACAUGGGAGCAGCUGCAGCAUCCAAGAGGUAUGUACUGAUUAUGUAGGUUCAUGCGCACUACAAAAGGUUUCUGCUGCUGGUUUAGUGUAGAUUAACAUUGCCUCGUCAGGGAGCGUGGGGUUGGCAAGGUGACUAGUGCAGUAUGCAUCUGUCUACCUCAGUAGAAUGUAGUAAACAAGGCAGCAAAGGGACCAUAAUGUGUAUUUAUUCUUAAACUGCCUUUACUUUGUUGAGGUCUGGACCUGAAUAAACAAAAAAAUUAAGUGUAGCAGUCGAUUUGUCUUGCACGUGUAAAUGAACUACAGCCUGAGAUCCUUCAAUGCAAGAGACAAAAAGCAAAAAAUCAGCAUUGGCCAGUGUGGAUACAGCAAUGUUAACAUUGGUUUUCACUCCACAUGUUUGCAGGUGUUUGUGAUCAUCUGCUCACUUGCAGGCCUGAGAGCACUGAUCUGUGACUUUUAGAAGGCUCAGGCUGGAAGCUGCAGAGGUCAACUCACUUAUGACCAAUAAUCACACUGAAUCCUUUAUGAACAUGACUGCUGAGGUUAUGUGCAAUGUGCCAGGAAAGGACUGUGGUGAGAAAAAUAAAACAAAUGGAGAAAUCCAUGUUGAAUCUAUGUAUAUGAAAUCUACCUUAUAUAUAUCUAAUAUAUAUGUAUAUAUAUAUUUCAGAAAAUCAAUGUUCUUGAGCAUUCCAGCUUUUGCAAACUUAUAAUGUUCAUUUGUUUAGGUAUAUGGUGAUAAAUAUAUUUUCUAUUUCAUUGUUUGACACCAUGUCUUGUAUGUGAUUGUUUUGAAGUCACUGUCUUGUAUGUUUACAUGUACAAAAAACAAUAAAUGGGGCACUCGCUGUCAUUUGCCACACAGUGAAAAUGGGUGCAUGUGUUUGUUUGAACAGUAGGUUGGUGUAAGUACUG